AUGGAGAACGACCGUGGCGAAAUCGUCGACCUUUACGUCCCCCGCAAGUGCUCUGCGACGGGCAGAAUCAUCCGGUCCAAGGACCACGGUUCGUGCCAGAUCACCAUCGCCAAGGUCGAUGAGAACGGCCGCGCCAUCCAGGGCGAGAACAUCAUCUACGCUCUGUCGGGUUUCGUCCGCGCCAUGGGCGAGAGCGACGAUGCCCUCAACCGCCUCGCCCAGCGCGACGGCCUCCUCAAGAACGUCUGGAGUGCCCAGCGGUAG